UACCCUAACCCCAACCACCUGUGCGCCGGAGAAACCCAACUCCUCCCGCUCCGCGUCCCUGGGGGGGUAGGCAGGGGCAGGGCCACGCCGCAGAGGGGGCCGCCGCCGCCGCCUCCUGCCUCCUUCUCGUCUCCUCCCCUCCCCCCGUCUGACGCUACCUCCUCGGGAAGGGUGUUUGGAGGGCAGCGGCCGCCCCAAGCCGGAGCCCCGCAGCGCUUCUUAUGAUCAGCUCGGUGUGUGUCUCCUCCUACCGCGGGCGCAAGUCGGGGAACAAGCCGCCAUCCAAAACAUGUCUGAAGGAGGAGAUGGCCAAGGGCGAGGCGUCGGAGAAGAUCAUCAUCAACGUGGGUGGCACGCGACAUGAGACCUACCGCAGUACCCUGCGCACCCUACCGGGAACCCGCCUCGCCUGGCUGGCCGACCCCGACGGCGGGGGCCGGCCGGAGACCGAUGGCGGCGGUGCGGGCAGCAGUGGCAGCAGCGGCGGCGGGGGCUGCGAGUUCUUCUUCGACAGGCACCCGGGCGUCUUCGCCUACGUCCUCAACUACUACCGCACCGGCAAGCUGCACUGCCCCGCCGACGUGUGCGGGCCGCUCUUCGAGGAGGAGCUCACCUUCUGGGGCAUCGACGAGACCGACGUGGAGCCCUGCUGCUGGAUGACCUACCGGCAGCACCGCGACGCCGAGGAGGCGCUCGACAUCUUCGAGAGCCCGGACGGAGGCGGCAGCGGCGCGGGGCCCAGCGACGAGGCCGGCGACGAUGAGCGGGAGCUGGCCCUGCAGCGACUGGGCCCCCACGAGGGAGGCGCAGGCCAUGGCGCCGGGUCUGGGAGCUGCCGCGGCUGGCAGCCCCGCAUGUGGGCGCUCUUCGAGGAUCCCUACUCCUCCCGGGCGGCUAGGGUAGUGGCCUUUGCCUCUCUCUUCUUCAUCCUGGUCUCCAUCACCACCUUCUGUCUGGAGACCCAUGAGGCCUUUAAUAUCGACCGCAACGUGACGGAGAUCCUCCGCGUGGGGAACAUCACCAGCGUGCACUUCCGGCGGGAGGUAGAGACGGAGCCCAUCCUGACCUACAUCGAGGGUGUGUGCGUGCUGUGGUUCACGCUGGAGUUUCUGGUGCGCAUCGUGUGCUGCCCCGACACGCUGGACUUCAUCAAGAACCUGCUCAACAUCAUCGACUUUGUAGCCAUCCUGCCCUUCUACCUGGAGGUGGGGCUGAGCGGCCUGUCUUCCAAGGCGGCCCGCGACGUGCUGGGCUUCCUGCGUGUGGUGCGCUUCGUGCGCAUCCUGCGUAUCUUCAAGCUCACACGCCACUUCGUGGGGCUGCGUGUGCUGGGCCACACCCUGCGGGCCAGCACCAAUGAGUUCCUGCUGCUUAUCAUCUUCCUGGCCCUGGGCGUGCUCAUCUUUGCCACCAUGAUCUACUACGCUGAGCGCAUCGGGGCCAGGCCCUCCGACCCUCGGGGCAAUGACCACACUGACUUCAAGAACAUCCCCAUUGGCUUCUGGUGGGCUGUGGUCACCAUGACGACACUGGGCUAUGGGGACAUGUACCCCAAGACGUGGUCAGGCAUGCUGGUGGGGGCGCUGUGUGCGCUGGCCGGCGUGCUCACCAUUGCCAUGCCGGUGCCUGUCAUUGUCAACAACUUCGGCAUGUACUACUCCCUGGCCAUGGCCAAGCAGAAGCUGCCCAAGAAACGGAAGAAGCACGUGCCACGGCCGGCCCAGCUGGAGUCACCCAUGUACUGCAAGUCUGAGGAGACCUCCCCCCGGGACAGCACCUACAGUGAUACCAGCCCCCCUGCCCGGGAAGAGGGUAUGAUGGAGAGGAAACGGGCAGACUCUAAGCAGAAUGGCGAUGCCAACGCGGUGCUGUCUGAUGAGGAGGGAGCUGGCCUCACCCAGCCCCUGGCCUCCUCCCCUACCCCCGAGGAGCGCCGGGCCCUGCGACGGUCCACCACUCGAGACAGAAACAAGAAGGCAGCUGCCUGCUUCCUGCUCAGCGCUGGGGACUAUGCCUGCGCCGAUGGUAGUGUCCGGAAAGGUGGGAUGAUAAUUACAUGAGAAAGAGGAUGGAUGGGUCCUUUGGAACUCCUGAAGCGCCGCUGAAGGUAAGGGGCUAACAUUCUUCCGACUUUCUCUCGUGGACUUGGGUGUUCCUUCAGAGUCAGAGGGCAUUAACCCCGACACAGCAGUGGAUCAGAGCAACCCCUAGAGGUAAGGGCCUUUUUGAAUCACUCACAUUUUACAGGCGAGGAAACCGAGAGUAAUUUGAUGGAGAUCUCACAGAUAGAUUUCACAGGCCAAUUUUGACCCUGCUUCUACACUGGUUCUGUGGCCAGACACAGCCACAGUGAGGAGCCGGCCCCUUGGCACCAGCACCACCGCUAGCGUCGAUUCCUGUCCACACCAGACCGCUAUUUCUGGCUCCACUGGCUUUGCCACUUGUGAGCUGCGUGACCUUGGCCAAAUGACUUAACCUCUCUAAGCAUGGUCUGUGAAUUGGUGAUAAUGAUACAUCUUUAGAUUUUGCCCAGAGGAGUAAAUGGAGGUGGAAUAUGUGAAGCAGCUCUAGACCCAGGCAGGAAACGGUGCUCAGUGUGUGUCCUUCCCCAUUGACACUGAGAGACCCUGCCCUGGCAGGCAUGGCAUGCACAGCAGAAGCACUAGAAGCCCUUUUUCAGAGGGAUUGAGAGGGUGGAGGCAGGUCCAGCUCGAGGUAAGGCCUUGGGACACCAGUGCUCAUGAAACAACUCACUUCAUGCCCAUUUCCCCCUUGAUGACCCGGAAACAGUAGCACCUGUAUGUUUGCUUCCUGAAGCAGUGAGAGGCCAGAGGGAAAUGCACACAGCUGCUUACUCGAAAGUCUGCUCCCUGUGUGUGGGCGCCUUGGCCCCACCUUCCAUUCCUCUCUCUCCCCUCCCCCAGGGCCCAGGGCCAGGAGCCACCCCUAAGUCCUUUCUACACACACCUGUGAGCUGCUGGGAAUGGAUUCAAGGAGGCAGGGAGGUGAGAGGAAGCACAGGGGAACACUGAAAGCAGGAUCUCAGAAGGGGAAGAGGAGGAGAAGGAGGGGGACAGGGAGAGUGGCAGAGAGAGGAGCAGGAGCCUCAGAGCCAGCCGGGAGAGAAAAAGCAGGCAGGGAAGGGGGAGGGACUGCGCCCGGCUGUGGGCAGAGGCUGCGGGGCCUAAAAUGAACUGAACAGGCUGGAAAUAGAACAGCUGGGCAAACCCCAAACGCUCUGUUUGGGUGUCUGCUGAGUGAGCACGUGAAUGAGCAGAACAGGGCAACAAUGCAAGGAAGAGGUGGCACAUUUCACCCUGGAGAUAGGUCAGAACAAAAGGCAUGUAUUCCAGUCCAGCACAGAUUAGUCGGGGAUUUUCUUCCGCAAUGUUUUCUUUAGGUAAUCAUUAUUUUUAACAGGCUGGUUUGGUGGUGGGAUUAGCCUGACGCCACCCCAUCGUUGGCAGGUGGAAGGUUUGGGUUUCUUUGAGACCAAGACCACUCUGGGUUCUUAUUUUAACUGUGGAUGCCACUGGUUUGGGGAGAAGAGGUCUUAAUCCACUUUCCAAUUGGAGGCUUAGGAAUCUAAGCUGUGUAAUGGAAUACCAUCUCCCUUAUUAGAACAAACCCUAACUCGGGUGCGGUGGCACACGUCUGGAGUCCCAGCUACUCAACCGGCUGAGACGGGAGGAUGGCUUGAGCCCAGGAGUUUGAGGUUACAGGGCAUGAUGAUGGCACCUCUAAAUUAGUCAUAGCACUGCAGCCUCGGCAACAUAGCGAGACUAUGUCUAAAAAUAAAAAAUAAAAAGAAAGAACAAAAAGUUCAGUUCCAGGACGGGGCAGGACUAGCCUGGGGGGCCCUGCCUCUCUCAGCUCACAGAGCCUCGCCAUGCCUCACACACACCAACGCACUUCGCCCUGGGAGGUGCCCAGGCCACCUGUGGUUCUGCCCUGGGCUGGUUCCUUCCCUGAUCACCAGCAGCACCACCUCUCUGAUUCUGCCCCCAACCCCUGACACACAAUAUGAAGAACUUUCAGUCUAGAAAUUAGACAUGGGACCAGCAGAGGCUAUGAAGAUAACUGGAGCCACGUGGCCCCGAUGGCUGCCAUUUAGCUCAAUCCGAGGCAUCCACGCUGUGGGGGGUUUGCUCCAUCGCUGAUUUCUCUAGAAUUCAAUUCAGCUGUACAUGAGACCAAAUGUGGACAGGAAUUAGGGGGCCUGAACUCUAGCCUCGCUUCCGCCAUGGGCUGUGCAGUCUGGCAACUUGCUUAACCUGGCUGAGCUGCAGUUCCCCAUUUGGGAUAAAAUUAGGGAUAACACUGCCCACCUCCGAGGGUUCACGCAAAGCUCCAAUAGAUCCUGUACCCCACCUACUUAGCUCAAUAACUUGACAUUUCAUAAGGUUUAAUUUCCUUCCUCUCUUCCUUCUUUUCUGGAUGAGCUCUGAGAACCUUUCCCAAUUCAAUAGGUAGAUUCCACUACAGAACCUUUGAGGAAAGCUAAAUUGGGGAGAAAAGGAAUAUAGGCUAGCCCACAGCCUCCCCAUGAGGGGCUGGGGCUGGAGGGGUAGGUCUGGCAGAGGAGAGAAGGGGAGAGAUGAGUGAUCAGAGGGUCUCAACCUAAGUGCUGGUGCCUUCUAUGGCAGAGGCGACUGAACCUAUAUGUGGUAUUUGGAUCACAGCUGAUAUUCAGACUGGAUUUUGGCUUUAAUGAAAUAUUUGACAUUUUGUGGAGCUCAGUUUUAAACAUGAGGCUGAGAGCUGGCAGAUCUAUGUCCAUUUAGGACCAUUCCCCAAGUUUUAACUCAGUUUCCUCUGCUGCUCUGGGCUUCAGUGCUCUCUGCUCUUCCUGUCAUCAGAAGGCAUUCACAUGAAGUCCCUGCUGGUGAUCAGUUAAUGGCAAGAAGCGUCAGAAGCAAGAAGACUUAUCUCUAAGGAGAUCAGGCCAGAGUUUUCAACUGGGUAGUUAUCCUGCACUUGGUGAUUGUACAACCCUAAGUGGAAAUAGGACCCUAAAGUCCACUCUCUUCCAAGACAAGUCACAGCAGCCAUAAGGAAGCUGAUUUAAGACCCUUCAGUUCUGCUUCCGUAAUGCACCCCCAACAGAGCUGGCUUGACUAUGGAACCAUCCCGAAAGCUUUCCUUCUCCACACUGCCUCUUCUCUUCCUGUUAGGCAAGGGCUCUUGGCCUGAAGAAACUUGCCCAGUGCACGUAUCUUGUCUUCAGGUUGAACUAGAAGUUCACCAAGUCAGUUUCCUCUUUCUGACAUGGAGAGGGUGGGGAUCAAGGAGGAUGUUUCAGAGGACGAAGGAGUUCUUGGCUCUUCGUACUAUCUGUGCCUGUUCCAGCUCUAGCUGCCCUUGUUUGACCUGCUUCUUGCAGGAGGUAGAGACCAGCAUCGUAGGGAAUGCCCACGAAGUACUCCAGGCUUCUCGGAUAUAAAGGGCAGAAAAAUCAAAGCUGGCUCUUACCUCCAUCCAGAUGGAGGGGGAUAAAAAUAGUCCAAGCCCAUUUCUUGCCUCACUUGUCCAGUGGCUAAGUUAAUGCCAAACUGGGAUUUCUCUGACCUCCUGUCAACCCGACCUCAAGGCUGCCAGAGUAUCAGCUACUAAAUCACCAAUCUAUGGAAGUCAUCUUGUAGCCUGUUUCAGAUCCCUGAAGGAGCCCUUAAUCCAUGCUGACUUCAGAAGCCACCUUGCACCCUCUACCUGUAUUUGGGAAUCACCUCUAUCCCUUGGUGCCCAGAAAAUAUUUUUAGCUACCGAUGAUGACUCAGACUUCAUCCCUAUUUACAACUGGGGUGAUGAGAGUAGAGAGUUGGAAAAGAUUCCACCAGCCACAGGUCUAACAGCUCCUUGAACGAGUUUGCUAAAAGACAAGACUGGUCAUGCCUUUCCUUUUCUGAAAAGUCUUCUCUGACUCCCUGCUAGAUAAAGGGGAGAUGCCUCAGCGUGGCUUCCCAGAACCUUCACCAUCUGGUCCCAGCCUCUCUUUUGGGCCUCAGUCAGUCCCUGCCACACACUCGGAUUCCAAUCUCAUACACACAGGAGUGUUUGAAUGUGUGCACUUUCCUGCGUUGGGUCACACGCUUCCCUGUGCUUGGAGUGUCCCCUCCCUUCCUCCACCUUGUGAACCUGCUCAUCCUUUGUGAAGUCUUUUCUUUCUUUUCUUUUUUUUUCGGUACACAUUUAUUGGGUACAAGUGCAACUUUGUCACAUGCAUAGAUUGCACGUAGUAACAUCAGGGCUUUUAGGGUGUCGGUCACUCAAAUAACAUACAUUGUACCCAUGAAGUAAUUUCUCAUGACCCACCCCUCUCCUGCCCUCUCUCCCUCUGAGCCUCCAUUGUCUGCCAUUCCACUCUCUAUAUCCAUGUGUGCACAUUUUUAAGCUCCAACUUAUGAGUGAGAACAUGAGAUAUUUGUCUUUCUGUGUCUAACUUAUUUCACCUCUUGUUCCAUCUAUGUUGCUACAAAAGACAUAAUUUCGUUCUUUUUGUGGCUGCAUGGUAUUCCAUGUGUAUGCGUAUCACGUUUUCUUUAUCUACUAAUUAUCUGUUGGUGGGCAGGGCAUUUAGGUUGAGUCCAUGUCUUUGCUCUAAAUAAUACUGCAAUAAACAUAUGAGUGCAGGUAUCUUUUUUUUUUUUUUAAACCCAGGGUCUAGCUCUGUCACCGAGAGAGACUGGAGUGCAAUGGUGCCAUCACGAGGUCUAGCUCUGUCAGUCACCGAGAGAGACUGGAGUGCAAUGGUGCCAUCACGAGGUCUAGCUCUGUCACCGAGAGAGACUGGAGUGCAAGGGUGCCAUCACGAGGUCUAGCUCUGUCAGAGAGACUGGAGUGCAAUGGUGCCAUCACGAGGUCUAGCUCUGUCAGUCACCGAGACUGGAGUGCAGUGGUGCCAUCAUGAGGUCUAGCUCUGUCACCGAGAGAGACUGGAGUGCAAUGGUGCCAUCACGAGGUCUAGCUCUGUCACCGAGAGAGACUGGAGUGCAAUGGUGCCAUCACGAGGUCUAGCUCUGUCACUGAGAGAGACUGGAGUGCAAUGGUGCCAUCACGAGGUCUAGCUCUGUCACCGAGAGAGACUGGAGUGCAAUGGUGCCAUCACGAGGUCUAGCUCUGUCACCGAGAGAGACUGGAGUGCAAUGGUGCCAUCACGAGGUCUAGCUCUGUCAGAGAGACUGGAGUGCAAUGGUGCCAUCACAAGGUCUAGCUCUGUCACCGAGAGAGACUGGAGUGCAAUGGUGCCAUCACGAGGUCUAGCUCUGUCACCGAGAGAGACUGGAGUGCAAUGGUGCCAUCACAGCUUACUGCAGCUUUGACCUCUCAGGCCCAAGUGAUCCUCUUCUGAGUAGCUGGGACCACAGGGACAUGCCACCAUGCCUGGCUAAUUUUUAAUUUUUGUAGAGAUGGGGUGUUGCUAUGUUACCCAGGCUGAUCUGGAGCUUCUGUGCUUCGGCAAUCUGCCUUAGCCUCCCAAAGUGUAGGGAUUACAGGUGUGAGCCACCGGCCCUGGCCUUUCUUUUGGAUACGUUGAUUUCUUUUAUGAAGUUUUUCCUUCCCCUUUCCCUUUCCCCUUCCCUUUUCCUUCCAAGACAGAAUCUGGCUCUGUCACCCAGGCUGGAGUGCAGUGGCGUGACGCGGCUCACUGCAACCUCUGCCUUCUGGGUUCAAGCAAUUCUUCUGCCCAAACGUCCCAAGUAGCUGGGACUACAGGCGUGCACCACCACGUCCAGCUAGUUUUCGUAUUUUUAGUAGAGACGGGGUUUCUCCAUGUUGGUCAGGCUGGUCUUGAACCCCUGACCUUGUGAUCCACCUGCCUCAGCCUCCUAAAGUGCUGGGAUUACAGGUAUAAGCCACCGCGCCGGACCUUGUGAAGUCUCUUCUAAUCUACCUUGUCCCGCCAGCAGAAUGUCUUGUUCCUCAGCCAGUGACAUACCUUUACAAGAGCAUUUGUUGCACUAGAUGUUUACUCAACUGCUUUCCACAGGCCUUUUCAAGCCUCAUAGAUUAGACUCUCCUUUCCUUUAGUCCUGGCCAACUAGAUCACAGGGAUCUGUGUAGCUAUGGUAGGAAAAAUGAUCCAAAAUAUAGCUGUGGCCUAGAGGAUGCCUGCAUGUUCCUUCAAUACCAUACUGAGGCUUUGUCUGACAUAAAGAUUACUAAUUCUCUAAAAGUGUGCUGUCAACAGAUGGCUAUUGAACACUUGAAAUGUGGCUAGUGCUCUUGUCAAAAUGACAGUAUUUUGAAUGUGUUGGGUUAAAGAAAUUAUUAAAAUGAAUUUCACCUGUU